GGGUGGCGGACGGGGCAGGGCGGGAGCCGGGCAGCGGCGGGCAGCGCCAUGGGGCUGGAGACGGAGAAGGCGGACACCCGCAUCUUCAUGGACGACGACAACUUCCCGCCGGGCGGCCCCGCGCUGUCCGAGGCGGAGAAGUGCGCGGAGGACGCGCUGGAUCGGGACCCCCGCGGGCUGAACGCACACCUCCAGCUGGGCUUCGAGGACGUGAUCGCCGAGCCCGAGCUCACCCACUCCUUCGACAAGGUGUGGAUCUGCAGCCACGCGCUCUUCGAGCUCAGCAAGUACGUGCUGUACAAGCUGCUGAGCCUGCUGCUCGCCGUCCCGCUGGCCCUGGUGUUGGGGAUCGUCUUCGCGGUGCUCAGCUGCCUGCACAUCUGGGUUGUGGUGCCUUUUGUGAGAACCUGUCUCAUGGUCUUGCCUUCAGUGCAAACCGUAUGGAAGAGCCUGACAGAUGUUUUUGUCGCACCAUUCUUUCAUAGCGUAGGCCGAUGCUUUGCCAUGGUUAAUAUACGUCUGGAUCAAGAGUAACUGUCAGGGUUGCAACACUGCUGUAAUUGUAGAUGGUGUUAUACCUCUUUCUGAUGUAACAUGCAAGCACUUACCAUUCAUUCCAACUGAUUAAGAUGAUAAUGGCUGGUUAAGUGGGAACAUGCUAUUAUUCUAAAACUCAUUUAUUUUCAGGGAAUCAAUUUAAGACUAAGUAGGCAGUUUUCAUAUCUAACUAUUUUAACAAUAGAAUAAACGUGGAGUAUGUUGGCAACACUUUAUUUUAAUGGUACGUUGAUUGUCGGAUUGCAGAAAAAUUCUCUUAAAAGGUUUAAUUGCCACCACUGUGAUAACGAUUGGCAUUAUUACGAUAAAUAUUUAAGUUAGUAGGCUGGGAUACUUUGGGUGAGAAUGAUCUCUAGGGUUUCACACUGAUUUUACUGCAAUUCCUACAAGGAUUGUUUUUGGCCCUCACUAUGCUGAAUGAUAUACUCAGUCCAUUAUUAUCUGCAUUUAAAAUGAAGGACAGGAGGCAUGAGCAUACAGAGAAGUUAACUUUUCCAUAAUUCUCCUGUACUGGGGAAAAAGCUCCCUAGAAGGUUAUCCCUUAAAAUAAGGUGUUACCUAAUGAUGUGGAAUAUCAGCUGAUCUGUAUAUUUUAUUUAAUAAGAGGUUAACUUUGCUGUAUAUUUUGUACCUUUGUAAAUGGCACAUGAUGAGCUUUCUUUGAAGCAUUAUUUCUAUAGUAUUUGAACUCUAACAAACUUACUAGGCAGCAAGAGUGAGAAACUGCAAAGAAAAAGUGACUUUAGAUAACUAAAAUGUCAAUGUAUAAAUUAUGCAGAUAUUUUAGCAUUGCUGUGCAAUUCUAGUAUAUCCAUUAUAUAUAGUCGUGUGCAAAAGAAAAGAGUAAGUUUUUUUCAUACAAGACUAUGCAAAAGAGCUGAAAAUAUCUGUUUAUGAGAAGUGUUUUUGUAUUAAAAAAUGGACUGUAGUAAAUGCAACCCUGCCUAUUUCUGUGUAUUAUCUGUGUGGACAUUGGGAUAUUUAAAAUGAUAGAUAUUAUGCUGGCACUUUAACUAAGUAACUCCUCAUCUACUGACUUGACUCUCCAUGUUGCUUAUUACUGCUUUAAGGCCUAACCUGUAACAAAGCCCUUUUUCCAUCUGCACCUAAUAUGGCUUGUAAACCAGAGUAACAGAACCUAUGCAAAGGUACACUGAAGUUACAUUAGCUUUCUAAUGGGUUUAUGCUGCUGUUUUUUCUGCCAUUGUAAAAUGUUUGUAUGAUUUAGAAUUUUAUUUUCUAAAAUGGUGUCACAGAUUCUUAUCAAAAAGGAUAUAAAAUAAUAAAAUAAUAAAAUAUCAGCUUUUUCCAAUUGUCAACUUUAUUUUUUCAGGUUUUUCAGCUUUUUAAAAAGCUCAUAAAAUGCUGAACAGUAUGGAAUACUUCCAAAAUGUGAGAGAGGGAAAAGAAGUGGAUAAGCAUCAGUACUGUUCCACUAUUAUCCACUUAUUAUUAUCCACUAUUAUCCACUUAACUUGUAGAGGAAAAUUAUGUAUCUCUUUGUGUAUCUGAUGCAGGUCUUUUGGUGUGGAAUUUUGGCUGUAUUCAGCAAAAAGCUUAAUUCUUCUUAAGAGUGCAUGCUUUAUUUACAAAUGAGCUGCAGAAUUUUCUUACUCAUUGGCCUACAGAAACUAGCUAACACUGCGUAUUUUUUGCACAUUAAGAACAUCUUUGUACAUUAAGAACUUCUAUUUGUCACAGUUAGAGAGGGAUUCAUAUGGCUUUUGAAAACUGGACCCUAAUGACUAGUACAUACCAAGACUUCUAUGGAAUUUGGUCUUCUUGCAGAAAUUAGCUUGCUCUUCAGAUGCGUUCUUCAAAAUAUCUUUCUUCUGUUAAAAUUGAAGUAUUUCUGCUGAAAAUAAAGAUUGAUCAGUCCAGGCAUGA